GCCGGUGUCUCUAUGCCUUUAGUAGAUUUUAAUGGCCUCAGUGUUAUUAUCAUGUCUGAAUGGUCGGUCAGUGUUCUGAAGGAGCGCAGUCCUGCACUGCCCCGCCUUUGUCACCCUGUUCUCCCUGUGGUCUAGAUACAGGCAAGCAAUGGCCUAGUUAACUUUAAAAAUAAUCCACUAAACCAGGCCAAUGCUUCCUGAUUCACAUUCCCUUUGUUCAUUUGGGUAAUUGAAACAGACCCAAGAUCCUGAUAAGAAGCCCCGCCAGAAUAAUUCCUCAGACUGGAGCCAGCAUUGCUUUAUUCCUUUAAUCUUAAAAUGCCUCAUUCCAAAAACAUUAGCUACUGAGGAAAGGGCGUGCAUUGAUGUGGCGUCACACUGUGAUAAUUGACGAUAAUGAGUUAACAGUACUACUAGUCAUAAGAGCAGUUUACUAUACAGAUGUGAAAAACAGGCAUAAAAGCAAGUGUGCACUUAAGGGUGAAUUCACACAGAAUGAAUUGCAUCCGCUGAUAGCACCAUGAAUUGUGCAUCAUUUGCAACCGCUGCCGAUUCACAAAAGAUAUUGCGCUAAUGAUAUUACAGCGCAAACACGCCCGUAAAGUUUUGCAGCUGAGUGCAAUUUGCCAUUGUUUUGCGUCUGUUAAAUAUUCAUCUGCAGUUCUCUGUAGUGGUCCCAGUAAUAUUUGUUUUUAAGGUGUUGGCUUACUGAAGUAGCAGAUCACAUGACAUGGUUAAGCAACGUUUGAUAAAAGUGCAGUUGCCAGAACAAUACUUUCCGCUCAUGUGGAAAGAGAUGUUUGAUUUGAAAGAGAACUUAUUAGAAUUAUAAUUGUUGCAGGAUGUCUCUCGUUUUUCUAUGACUCACUCUGUAUGGAGUGAGUCAUAGAAAAAGAGCUGUUUUCUCUCCUACUCUGCUCCAUGCUGGACUGUUACAGUGUGUAACCACCGUCUCCGUUUCUCACAGCAGCAGGUUUUAUGUUGUUUUCCAGUUGCAUUCCCUCUCGGUGAAUAUCAGGUAUGCUGCAGAAUGGGAAGAAGUUUGACUCCUCUCGAGACAGGAACAAGCCCUUUAAGUUCAAGAUUGGACGGAUGGAGGUCAUUAAGGGCUGGGAGGAAGGAGUAUCACAGAUGAGCCUGGGCCAGAGGGCAAAAAUCACCUGCACACCAGAUAUGGCUUAUGGAGCGACAGGUCACCCUGGGGUCAUUCCCCCGAACGCCACGCUCAUAUUUGACGUGGAACUGCUCAAGCUGGAGUGAUGCCCGGGGUUAAAUAGGAAGGUUGACAGUUAAUGAGGCUGCGUUCGCCACAACCUGUUUCCACAGGGAGACCAUAAUUGGCUGCUGCCUCCCACCAUCCACCUGCUCUUCUUUGAUUUCAACAGUCUUCUUUAGUUCAAUAUUUAAAUGUAUCUCUACUGCUGCUUUGUUGCCAUCUUGUCAUAAUAGAUACAGCAAGAAAAUGUUCACACCAUGCAAGACUUUUUCACAUACACACCACAGUUUGGUGUCUGAUUGUUAGUCAGAAAUGCUAUUUUGUUUAAUUUCAUUUAAAGUUGUAAAUUUUAUUGAACCAUGAGGAAAUCAGUCAUCUGAUGAAAAGCCGUACUACAUUGCAAUCAAAACAUAUACUGCCUUACAGUUUCAACAACAGAGGAUGGGUACAUAUGUUAAAAGUACAUAACUCCUGCUCUGUAUCUUAACUGGGCAUUAUAUACCACUGUCUGCAUUGCCACUUUGAUAAAGGUUUGUCCUGCUGAAUGCUCUGAAUGAUGUUGCUAUGUUUAGUAUAUUUUAUAUCCCUCAUAAACAUUUAUUGCAAGUGUACCCUAUACAAUCUAACCCAAUCCAACCCAAUACUGUACAGAACUCUAUAAGAGCCAUUGCUACUAUGACAGUUUAUCGACCAACUCUUGAAUAAAAAUGGCAUGUACUGUGUCGAGAAGUCUA